AUGAGACGGUACUCUUCCAGUUUUCUCCUGUUUUUACUCGUUUUCUCGAGCUUCAAUGAUGUUGCCAGGGCGUUGAGCGAGGGUAAGUUGACGCUGAACAUCUUGUGUCUUUUGUGUAUAUGUUACUGUAUGCAGGGUAGGCACAGUACGAAGAUAUGAAAUUUUUUUAGAAUUCCCUUCUGCGUAUCAAAUCAAGGCGCGGGUGAGGCGGCAAGUCUCCAAUGCGACUUCACGAGCGGCUGAAAAGGAGUUCUCCAAGUGGGGGCCUUCCAUGGAAAUCAAAGUGGACAACAAGGGAAAAGCGAUCGUAAAAAUUGGCCACAUUGGAGCUGUUGGCGCGUUGCCGAAUGAAGACAAGAUUUUGAACAUUAGUCGAAUGCAGCUGAUCGAUGAAGGUGUCUUAGGACCGGAUCUGGACUUUGAAAUCUCAUCCAGAAUGGGCUGCGGAGAAGCUUUUGAGGGAGUCGCCGUUGCGGCGCAAAUGUAUCAUGCUGAAGGGGUACGUUGUUUCAUUGGUCCGUACUGUCACGCCGAGCUGGAUGCUGUAGCCAAGAUGGGGGCGUUCUGGAAUAUCCCGGUCAUUGCAUAUAUGCCCACAACAUCAGCGACGACUGAUCGCCGGAUUUAUAAGACCUUGGCCAGAACUUCGUCCAAGAAUGUCAACUCUUUGGCGAGAGCGGUAAUUCGGCUGGUGGAGCAUUACAGUUGGCUGAGAGUGGCGAUUGUGACCAAUGCUGGACAGCUUGCUUAUGAUAGAGUUCAAGCGUUUGAGGAGGAGUUCAAGAAGAGCAAUAUCCAGAUGGUGAAGAAGGUCAUGUUCGAGGAGAAUGCCAAGGCUGAAGAUAUGAUUCGCGAUCAGCAAAUGCAGGACUUGUCGAGUGGAGCAAGAAGUGAGCUUUUUUGAACCCCAUACCCAUAUUCUAUUAUUACUUCUUUGCCUUGAUAUCACGUUCAUAAUAUUUUUUUCAGUUAUUGUCUGUAUCUUCUCCCAAACCCGCGACAUGACUCGCGAGUUUAUGCAGGCCACUGUCAAGCUGAAUAUGAAUAAUCCCGAAUACGUCUAUCUGCUGCCCUGGCUCCAGAAUGGUCCGAAAGACGCUUCGCCGUGGAUUGGCAAAGCCGGCGAGAUGUUACAACAGGUGAAAGACCAUUAUGCGAAUGCGAUUAUCAUUGAUGACGCAAACGGAUUCGACGACGCCCUGCUAAACGGCUUUCUGGAACGCGUCGGGAACUUUGGGCUGACCGUGGAUGAUCUGGAUAGAGUGAGUGUUCGUAUGCGCAUAAGCUAUUCUGACGGGGGCUUCAAUACGCUUGCAGUCGUACUGUUUUACUGUCUUUGAUCGCCUUACUGUGUAAAUCCAGACCCUUUCAGUCGGACAUCUUUGGCUAUCUCAAUCUCUACGACUCCCUGAAACUCUAUGGCCUUGCUGCGCGAAAAGUGUUCUCUCAAAACGGGAACAACGCCACCGCGAUUACUGACGGGCGUCUUAUUUGGAAUGCAAUGCGUCGCAUGAGUUUUGAAGGUAGGUGAGCACACGUUAGUUCGAAAACCCACUGCACUAAGCACAGGGUCGCACAAUAGUUUGCCGAGUACACAGACACUGUUCCUCCCAGUUCAGGUAUUGGUUCUUCUAUAGGAGCGACCGGAUCCGUCCUCAUGGACGACUUGGCGGAUCGAGCGCCCGUUUUCGCGGCCUUCUACGUGGCACCAACCAGGGACAAGCCGAUGAAAAUGGUUACAAUGACUUCGUACGCGGUUGCCGGCUGUGAUGGGCUGGCUAAUCGGACGGGAUGCUUUGAUUUGGUCAGUUUGUGUUUAAACAAGAACAGUGAUCUAGAAUAACAAGGAUAGUAAUGCGGAAUCGGCGUAUGAGUUACCAAAUAGCUUUUUUCAGAAGCUGGCCGAUGUAAUGACCGGAUUUUGGCCGAGUGAGAAUGGUUCUCUUCCCCCUGACGAGCCUUACUGCGGAUACCGAGGGCAACGAUGCUCGUACACCAUGGAAAUUGCAUUUGGCUCCUCCGCAUUGACAUUAAUUGUCAUCUUCUUGUUCAUCUUCCUGUUGUAUCGGCAUUGCCAAACCAGAGCGUUGAACCGAAUGCCAUGGCGAAUUAUGCAUGAGGAUUUGCGAUUGAUUGACGAUGACCAGGCCAAGAGUUUGGUAGGUUUUUGCUUAUUUGACUCUAGGUCACUCUGAGAUGUGUUUUUAUAAGGAUUAACGCCGACAAUUCAAUUUCCAGCUUUCACUUGGCAGCGCGAACACAAAAUUGAGCAACUUGAGCAUCGGCAUGAAAAAGCACGCAAUCCUUGGAGUGAACACUCACGCCACGUAUCACAAAUACGUUCAGCGUCGACCAAUCAAGUUCAGGCGUGAGGACUUGGCGCUGCUAACCCAGGUGGGACCAAAUCCAGAGAAUUCUUAGACUCCUCUUUCUUUCCGCAGAUGAAACAAGCCAUUCACGACAACUUGAACCCUUUCUUGGGAAUGGCCUUCAACGAGCGUGAGGAGAUGCUGGUUGUCUGGAAAUUCUGCUCUCGUGGUACGGUGCAAGACCUGAUCUACAACAAGAGCAUGGCGUUGGAUGAGAACUUUCACGCCGCUUUUGUUCGUGAUAUUACUCUUGGACUGGAGUAUCUGCAUCUCUCACCAAUUGGCUAUCAUGGAUCGCUGACUCCCUGGGCAUGCGUCAUCGAUAGGAAUUGGAGUGUGCGGCUGACCGACUUUGGAAUUGCCAGCCCAUUGGAGCGCUGGGAAAAACAGGGGCUGAUUUCGAUCACCGGCGUUCAAAGCGAUGACGACAAGUCGCAGGCGGCUCAAAGGACUUGUAAGCAAUUUUUGACGCCGCUGAUAGUCUUGUAAUUUCUUAUAGCCGCAUUGUACAUGGCCCCAGAGUUGCUGAAGAACCGAGAGAGCAACAAACAGCGGGCCGCGGAUCAAAAAUGGGUCGCGCAGUCCGGAUCGCGCCGGCAAAGCGGAGAUAUCUACAGUUUCGGAAUGGUCAUGUACGAGAUUCUGUUCCGAUCGUUGCCAUUUCCCGAAGGCACGGACAUUAAUGGUCUGGUUGAUGCGGUCGCCGAUGGCUCUCGACAUAUCAAGCCGGUUGUUCAGGAUGAAAUGAAGAUUCAUCCGGAUCUAGCGGCUCUUCUGAUCGAUUGUUGGUCGAGUAACCCGGAGAUCCGACCAAGCAUUCGACGGGUCCGGCUGAACACGGAAAUGUGCUUGAAAACGUAAGGCACUCAUCGAAGAGCAUCUGUGACCAAGGUCUUGUCGUUUGAAAGCUUGUAUUUUUCAGCAAAGGAAGCUUAGUUGACCAAAUGAUGAGAGUGAUGGAACAAUACGCCAAUAAUCUCGAGAAGCUCGUCAAGGAGCGGACUGGGAUGUUGGAAGAGGCCAACCUCAAAGCCGACCGACUUCUCAACCAGCUUCUGCCGCCCUAUGUGGCCAACGAGUUGAAAGUCGGGCGUUCCGUCCCGCCGAAGCUCUUUUCUUCCGCCACUGUCAUGUUCAGUGAUAUUGUUGGGUUCACGACGCUCUGUUCAAGCUCCACUCCUCUAGAGGUCGUGAAUCUUUUGAAUGGGGUUUACAGCGGGUUUGACGAGUGCAUCCAGAAGAACGGAGCUUACAAAGUGGAGACCAUUGGGGAUGCGUAUAUGGUGGUGUCCGGUAUUCCGGAGGAGAAUGGGACUCGGCAUGUCAUGAAUAUUGCUGAUAUUGCGUUGGAUAUGAGAAAGGUACUGUAUUGUUUGGCUAGCUCAUAGCAGAGAAAAUCUAGCCCCUUCAUAGUCAAAAUUACGCACAUAAAUACAGUGGGGGACCUGAUCCAGUGGCAAAAAAAGUACCAUUUUGCAUCCGGGAAGUAUCAAAAAUGUGGCAAAAUGCUUCCUUCUCCAAGUGAAAAUACUUCUUUUGGAAGGGCGCGCCAUUUCUCCUCACAAAAACAGCGGACGAGCUUUUGAAACCUAAAGUUUUUUCACUUGGAGAGGGAAGCAUUUUGCCACAUUUUUUAAUACUUCCCGUCACAAGGAAAUAAUUUUCAUACCACAGUAGUCAAAAAGAAAUCAUUUUCAGUUCCUUGAGAGCUUCGAAAUCCCUCACCGCAAGGACAAGCGCAUAAAGUGCCGCUGGGGCUUCCACACGGGCCAAGUGGCGACCGGUGUGGUCGGAAUGACGGCUCCACGAUAUUGCCUAUUCGGCGAUACGGUAAAUACCGCGUCUAGAAUGGAGAGUACCGGCUUGCCGGAUAUGAUACAAAUCAGCCAACAAGCACAGCAUCUACUGACUACGACCUAUCCGAUAUUCGUCACUUCCAAGCGAGGCGAGGUGGAAAUUAAGGUAAGCAACAAAGGAGCUUUUGAUGACAACGGAUAUUAUCUAUCGUAGAAGAGCGUGUGAGUAAAAUCUGAUUAAAUUUUUCAGGGAAAAGGCCUGUGCAUCACGUAUUGGCUGGAUCGAAGAAGCGACGAACAAUAA